AUGCAGGAGACUUUGCAGCAGCUUCAAGGCCUUAAACAGCGCCUCUCAGUUUGGACUCUUGGGGGUGGCAAGACUUCUGCCAAAGAGACGGUAGCCUGUGCAGGCGCAUAUUCGACCUCAGAGGUUCGUAUCACACCUGACGAAGGGCAGUAUAUACACUCCAGACCGGAGGAGGAGCAGGAGAAGCAGCAGCAGAGGUUACAAAAUUUGCGAGGACACUUUCGUGCUGACUAUCGUGCCGCCGCAGUAUGCGUCGUUUGCAGGCUUCCGAAAGGUCGUGGCGUCGCGUCAUCGUUUCUGAUGCGUCGUUGGGUGUGGGACUGCCGCUGUAUGCUGCAUGCAGGAUGCUCAAGGGGAGGGGUUUCUUUCGGAUGCGAAGGAGGAUGCGGCUACCCGCAAUGCUCAGCAGCUCCAAGAGCAGGUCCAGCAGGUGCAGCAGCAGGUGCAGCAGCAGCAGCCCAAGCAGCUCGUUGCAAAAAUCCAAGUGGUCCCGACGCUGCAGCUGCUGCGCAUCCGUGGCUAGGUAGCUGCCUGGGGGUGUAUCGAGAUCCUCUUGACAGGCGGCUGCAUGCGGCGUUGUUGCAGCAGCAGCAGCAUCAGGGAGGAGCAGGGGCCACCUGUGGCAGCAGCAGCUGCCGUCUCAGCGAUAGCAGCACGUGUGCCGAUGAUCCCUGCAGCUUCAAUGGACGCCGACGCAGUAUCGACAGUCUGACAAGCGAGACGGGCAGCAGCAGUCCAGGCAGCAGAAGCAGCAGCAGCGGACUCAGCUGUGGCGUUCUCCAUCAGCAGCAGCUUCUGCUGCAGCUUGCUGCCCCCUUUGAUCGCGUCGUUGCAGCUGAUGUGCGAAAAGCUGCGUCUCCCUCUGCAUCCGUCGCUGGUCUGCGUUCUUGCAGAGCCGCAGAUGCCUGCUUCGCUGCGUCGUCCGUCGAGCAGGCACAGCAGCAGCAACCCCACCACCAGCACCACCCGCGCGAGCAGCAGCAACAGCAGCCCCCCGAGCAUCAGCAGCAAACCCUGGGAACAACCUUCGACGGCAGCAACAUUGCCGCUGUAUGCGAGCCUUUCGCACGCGUUGCAGCAAGUGACCUCCGGAAAGCAGCUUCUGCCAUCUCAGCGGCACCGGGUUUAUCAUCUUGCAGUGCAGAGCUGCAACAGCUGCAACAACAGCAGCAACAGCAACAGCAACAGGAGAGCUCCAAAAUGCCCCCCGUCUCACGCUGCAGCACCGCCACUUCUUCGCCUAGCAGCGCUUCGAGAGAAUCUGCAACCGCAUCGGUGCCCGCUGCAGUUGCUGCUUCUGCUUCUGCUGCUGCAGAAGUUUGCGCAAGUCUAGAAGGGAAGGAUUAUCCCUUGGACAGUGCACCACUGAAACCUGUGAGCAGCAAUACUAACAGCAACAGCAACAGCAACGGCAGAAGCGAUGCCUCCUUGCAUCAGGGCAGGGGAGGAGCCAAGCGAGAGGACAGACAGCAGGCGUAUGGCGGCUCUAGCGCUGCUGUUGCCUUCCUUCAGCAACAACAGCAGCAGCAACAGCAACAGCAACAGCAACAGCAACAACAACAACAGCAAGCUUCUUCCUACGCUGCGGAAGAAACUGGUGUUCUUUCUCCCUCUUCUGCAGCGUCGGCAGUAGCACAAGCAGACGCAGCAGCCUCAACAGCCCCCGACAUGGCGUCAAGAAAUCGCCGUGUAUUCUCUUUCGGCAGUACCUGCACUGCUGCAGUUAGCAACAACGGCAGCUGGUUGUGUCCUGGAUAUCGCGUUCCAAUUGGUCCUUCUGGCAGCAACAACAGCAACAGCAACAACAGCAACAGUAACAACAGCAACAGUAACAACAGCAACAACAACAGCAGCAUGAACAGCAGCAGCAGCAGCAACGGCAACAGCAACAACACGAGCAGCAUGAACAGCAGCAGUGGCCAGCUCGCUUCUCCCAAUAGGCGUCACAGUGCAUAUCAAGUGGGGGGAGCACUCGGCAGUGGGGGGGAUGGCAGCAGUAGCGUCAGCAGCAGUCCUGCAGACGCGCCCCCCCUCUUCCUCAUAGGAGGAGGGGGAGCGGGAGGGGGAGGGGUGUUCACUGCAUCUGUCUCCUCGGCAGCAGAUGCAAAUGGAAGGCACAAUUUCUUCGUCGCGAAUGCUGCAGAUUCAGCCGCUGGAGCAGUGUGGGGAUCGUCUCGUCCUCGAGACGAGGCGCUCUGUAUGCCAUCCUUGGAAGGAUCCUUGAACACCUCGAGGACAGGCGCGCCUCCAGGUGUAUGGCCCUUCGCGUCUACAGCACAACAACAGCACGAGCAGCAGCAGGAGAGAGACAACGACGAGGCUGCUAGCCCACGGACAGGCGUCCUGGGGCUUCCAGAUAUCGCUGCAUGCAUUUUAGGAGUGGGGAACAGGCAGCUUGCCGCGCUUUCUUUCCAGCGGCAGCAGCAACAGUCUGAGCCACAGCAGCAACAACAACCCCUCCCCCCUCGCACGGACGGGUGUUACUGCUGGCGAUACACGCCGCCGCAGCAGCAGCAGCUGCUGCUGCUGCAGCAGCAGCAAAGGCAGCAGGGGCAGCCACUGUGCGCCAUCCUGCACGUUAUCCCGUCGGAAGUGCAGGUCUGUGAGCUGCGCUGGUGCUGGGGAGGCGAGUUAGUUGAGGACACGCAGCAGCAACUGCAACAGCUUCAGCAACAGGAUCGAGACUAUUGCCAUUCCAGCAUGCCCCCAAGACUGCAGCAGGAGCAACAGCAGCAGCCGCAGCAGUUGGUCUGCUACGGCGGCGCAUCGAUAUAUGGGGUUGCCUCUGGAGAGGGCUGCUGCCAUGAAAACAGGAGGGAUAGUCCGUGUGGCAGUGGCAGUAGUGAACCUGCGACGGCGAAUGUUGCUGCCAGUCUUGCGCAUCCUGCGCUGCUUCGCUGCCAUAGAGGAGAGAGUGUGGAGGUGUUGAUCCACCAGAAAGAUGGAUGGGUUUUUGGCAGCAUUCGCGGGGACCCCCAAAGGAAUGGCUGGUUCCCCUACUACCUCCUACACGACCCCCUGCGAUGGGCCGACCCAACUGCCAGGUCAGUCAGCAGCAGUAGCGGCAACGGCUCUGGCAGAAUUCCGACUUCCUAAUUAGCCCAUACACCAUCUUCUCUUUCGACUAUCAUGGCUGCUGCUGUAACAGGGAGCUUGCGGCAGGCCUUUCCUUUGCCUCUGCAUUGUUACAUCAUGGGGGUAGCACCUUGGCGGGCUGCUGGACGCAGCGGGGAGGGAAGGGUGCUCGCUCUCCCUGCGCGUGUGGGCAAGGCCCCCAUGCCAGCAAGAGACACUUUGCGCACCCCAGAUACAUACAAAGCGGUGCAGCCAGAUACAUACAAAGCGGUGCAGCCAGAUACAUACAAAGCGGUGCAGCCAGAUACAUACAAAGCGGUGCAACCAGAUAUAUACAAAGCGGUGCAGCCAGAUACAUACAAAGCGGUGCAGCCAGAUACAUACAAAGCGGUGCAACCAGAUACAUACAAAGCGGUGCAGCCAGCUACAUAUGAAGCGGUGCAACCAGAUAUAUACAAAGCGGUGCAGCCAGAUACAUACAAAGCGGUGCAGCCAGCUACAUACAAAGCGGUGCAACCAGAUACAUACAAAGCGUCCGCUGCAGCGCCAUAUCCAGCAGCUGGUGAACUCCCUCAAGAGACAUCAGAGGGGGAAGAACCCCACUCAGCUCGUGCUCGCAGCAGCACCUCUCCGAGCCAACUUCCGCAACGCUACGCGAACUAA